AUGAGAUCCUCCAGGACGAUGGCUCCUCUGCUCCUCCUCCUCCUCCUGGGAUCUUCUGCCCCCAGUGAUCCACUGACCGCUCCUCAGGACCCGAUCCCCGCAGAUUCCCAAGGAUCCAUAACAAAGGUGGAGGGGGCCGAGCCGGGGACUGUGGGGACCAUGACUGAGGGAUCUACAGCGGGGCGGCCGGUUUCAGGUGACCUCAGUACCAGCCCCUCAGGGAAAAGCACCGACCACCUCCCAGGAGAUGUGGAUGAAUGUGCCGCUCCGGUGCCCCCUUGUGGACCAUAUGCAAAUUGCACCAACACAAUCGGCUCCUUUAUCUGUCGCUGUAAUCGAGGUUUCCUCAAAGGGUCCAGUGGUUGUGCAGACGUGGAUGAAUGUCUCGUGGCGGAGAUAACGGGGCUCCAGGCCUGCCCCCCGCACUCCACCUGCCAGAACGCCAUCGGCUCCUUCAGCUGCAAUUGUGACCCGGGUUAUGUCCUUGGGUUGGACGGGAAACAUUGUGUCGAUGUGGACGAGUGCGCUUAUGAAGAGCGGUGUCGACGUGAGUUGGGGAACCUUUGUGUGAACACGGAGGGGAGUUAUCGCUGCAGCUGUCAGGUGGGAUUCAAGGAAUCGGGAGUCUCCUGCACCGAUGUGAAUGAAUGUGAGGAGGACCCCAAUAUCUGUUCCGGGAUCGGGGUCUGUGAGAACGUGGUUGGGAGUUAUCGCUGCGGCUGUCGAGUCGGUUUUCGCGGCAACGGAACCUAUUGUGAAGAUGAGAACGAGUGUGCCUCGGGGGGACAUGGCUGUGACAACAACGCCCACUGCGGCAACGUUAUCGGCUCCUACUUCUGCCAAUGCUACCAGGGAUUCAAUGGAGACGGCUACAGCUGCUUUGAUAUUGAUGAAUGUUCGGUGGAUAACGGGAACUGCGAGCAGCUGUGUGUGAACCAGGCCGGAAGCUUCAGGUGCCAGUGCCACCAGGGAUACCAUCUCCUGCCCAACGGAAGGAACUGUACAGACAUCGAUGAAUGUCAGACGGACAAUGGAAAUUGCCGGCAGACGUGUAGAAACACGGAAGGAUCGUAUCAGUGUUCGUGCGGGAAGGGUUUUCAGCUCCAUGUGGAUCAACGUCAGUGUGUGGAUAUUGAUGAGUGUAAGAUCGAUAGCGGGGGCUGCUCCCACUCCUGUAAUAACACUGAGGGGGGGUUCGUCUGCCUGUGCCCCCCACACCAGGCUCUGGCCAAGGAUCAGCGGAGCUGCAUCAACAUCACCUCAUGUGAGCAGAAUAAUGGCGGCUGUGAGCAGCGGUGCAGCCAUCGCCAGGAGGGCGGCAUCGAGUGCAGCUGUCGGGCUGGUUAUAGCCUUAGUGGUGAUGGCAGAACGUGUGAUGAUGUGGACGAGUGCGCGGACUUCACCCGUGGCGGGUGUCAGCAGACCUGUGACAACUUCCUGGGCGCCUAUAACUGCAGCUGCUACGCGGGGUUCACUGCCCGCUCUGAUGACCGCACCAAGUGCCAACCCGUGUGUAAUCCGCCCUGUCAGAAUUACGGGGUGUGUGUGGCCCCUGACACAUGUGACUGCCCUGCAGGCUACCCGGGGCCCGGCUGUUCAGCCAUGUGCUCCCUGCCCUGCGCCCACGGAGGAACCUGCUUAAGACAUAACAUGUGCUCCUGCCCGUCAGGAUGGACAGGGCCCAGCUGCCAGACAGCCGUCUGUGAGCUGCCGUGCGGUAAUGGCGGUCGGUGUGUGGCCUCGGAUACCUGUCAGUGUCCAUCAGGAUACAGCGGAGAACAAUGUCUGACACCUCUCUGCUCUCCCCCCUGUCAGAACGCAGGACGAUGCAUUGAUGUUAAUCGGUGUGUGUGCCCCAGUGGGUGGCUCGGUGCCCGGUGUCAGAUAGAGCCCGUUCGCUGUGAGAAGCCAUGUCUGAACGGGGGCCGGUGCUCGGGGUAUAACGUCUGCCAUUGCCCCACAGGAUUCCUGGGGCCACAGUGUGAAUCAGUGGUGACAGAGCCGUGUGUCCCCCCCUGCCAACAUGGAGGAACCUGCAGGCCCUUCAAUAAGUGUGAGUGUGCGUCGGGCACCGCUGGGCAUCGCUGCGAGAAGCUGACAUGUCCAAUUGUAACGACCAAGCUGAGCACAGCCCGAGCCGUACGCCAAGGUGUGAGAGAAAGCUACGUGGAACGCUGUGGACCCCUAGGGGCCCAGCUCUGCACCAAGUACAGAAUAAACCAAGUCCGGGUCUAUGUCCAGGCCUACGUGGUCGGCUACAAAAUUCAGUGUCCAAUGAAGAGCUGACUAUGAAGAGAGAAUAGCAAGGACAACCCAAGGGCCAGGACCAGCUACAUUACUGUGCAUAUCAGUCCUGUCCCUGCUCCAUCAGUCUGUCCCUGCCCCAUCAGUCAUGUCCCUGCCCCAUUAGUCCUGCCCUAUCAAUCUUGCUCCUGCCCAAUCAGUUCUGUCCCCAUCAGUUCUGCUCUUGCCCUAUCAGUCCUAUCCCUGCUCCAUCAGUCCUGUCCUUGUACCCAUCAGUCCUUCCCCUGUCCCUAUCAGUCCUGCCCGUGCUCAGAUCAGUCCUCACUAUUGAUUAUUAUGGAUUGCCAUAUCUCACAGACAUUUGUUUCCCACGGGCAGAUUUGGACUUUAUACAUAUUAUAUAUUUCUUUUCUAUAAAAUUCAUACAAUCAAAAAUGUGUUUAACUAACCGCCUCGUACUGUAACUUGAGCCUAAUGAGGAGACAAUUUAUCGUUGUUGUCACAAUCACACCCUAUCAGUCCAGCCAAGACGCUAGAGAGAGUGUGAUGGUGCAAGGGUUAAAGCCACCAGACCUCUGGGUAUCCACUGCUAGUCUAAGCAAGUCACCAAAUUAACCCUUUGAUAGACGUGUUUCACCAGAGCUUCUUUCAGAAAGGUGAGCUCCUAUAUUUAGAGAUCAAAGACCAGAGCUGAUUAAUUAAAGGGUACCUUUCAUCAAAAAAACUU